AUGGCCGUCCCCACCGCGCAAGACUACGACAAUGUGUGCGACAACCAGGCCCUUCCAAUGGCGAAGGCAGCAUUUGUCAGCUGGCAAGACAACCUAAGCACAGCCGAAGCCAAUGCGCAGCUUGUGAAAUCGAUGUGCAUGGCUGCGCUCACGACGGGGCUCAAGCGUCUUUCCGACGAGAACACCCAGACGGCGCUAGGUAUUACGGAUGCCAUGGCCCGCUUUUGGGAUAUCGUGGGUGGCGCGGAGGAAUCGGGGGAAGCGACACUUUCACGUUUGAGUGACAUAGUCAUCCCAAAAGCGAGCCGAGAGCCGGAGCCCCUCAUUCAGGUCCCGCCGGGUGUUGCAUGGAUGUCCGCGAAGCAUGAGGUCGACGAUGAAUCACUAGGCACCGGGCUUCUCCCCCCGGGUGAGGUCUCAACGUCCGCGUUUCGCACACAAGUACACGACACGCUUGCCGCCGAGAACAGCCGGGUGGAGGCAGUGGAUGAGAUGGUAGAGGCGCAGAUAGCGGAAUGUGAGGCGGAUCAAGCCGCCAUGAAUCGUGUGGAGAUGCUCCACAGCCAGGAGCAUGUCGGACACUCCUUGUACCGACUGAACCUACGACUCCUCCCCUCCCUCGUCAUUCCAGUUCCGCAAAGUCCCCCAGGGUUUGGCCAGCCGAGGCAGGACGGCACCAUGCAGAAGGUGCUCGAUCAAGCGGAGGAGAUUGAGUUCCUCCAUGAGUGCAUCGCCGCGCUGAAAGCGCACAACGACUACAUGGACGAAUACAUCUCGGCCGAAAUUCGGUUCUGGGAGUCAGCCUUGGCGGCGAAUGAGCGGGACGUCCAUGACUGGUUCGCGAGGGGUGCCGAGCACCCUGUCAUGGAAGAUACGGUAUACUUUACUCAAAACUACACUGAGUUCGUUAGCCUCGAUGACAUGUGA